GACGGCAUCUCGACGCUCAACGUGCUGGGCGGCCGCGGCGAGAAGUGGGGCCCCAAAGUGCUGCCAGGUGCUAUCCAGCGCCAGGCUGUGGCCAGCUUGGCCCGGGCCUACUUUGCCGUGCCGCCGCCGCCCGACGACCUCACCGCCUCGGGAGCGUGGUCUGCGCGUCGGGGCUGCGGUUCCGGCUACGCCGUUGCAGGUGUUGUCGCCGGAGAGUUCGCGACCUACCAGCGCGGCAGGCUUGCCCUGCCGGCGGUCGGUAACCAGGCGAUCGACCUCGUCAGCUGCCUGCCCGACCACUACCAGAAGUUGCUGGAGGAUAGUGGCCGCGCUAUUCGGCUACCAGCAGUGUGUACAAAGGACGUGGCGGCAGGGGUGGACGAGUUGGGCCCUGCGAUGGACCCCAUCCUGGCGAGGUCGCCCAGCAAGUACGCCGAGUUUUUGAUCUGUGCAUAUGAAUCGGGCGUCGUCGAGCCGGCGACUGAGGUUCGCAGUUUUGUGGGAGUCUUCUCUGUGCGUAAGAAGGACGGCUCGUUGCGGAUCAUCUUCGAUCCUCGGAAGACGAAUUCGCAGUUUGUACUUCCAGAUAGUGUUGCUCUGGCUUCCCCUCAGGCCCUGGGUGAUCUUGAGUUGCCUGCAGGCCAGCGGUUGUGGGUCAGUGAGGGCGAUGUCGAGAACUGCUACUACCAGUUCUUGCUGCCCGACGACCUGAGGGCCGACUUCGUGUUACCUGCGGUGCCUCGGAAGCUGCUGCCGCGGAGCCUGCGCCGCUUGUUUCCGCCCGAGGACGACUUCGUUCACUUCCAGGUGCGCGUGGUGCCGAUGGGCUGGAGCUGGGCCGCGGCGCUGGCGCAGGCAGCGAACGCGGAGCUGCUGCGGGCGGGUCCGCAAGGGGUCCGCCGCUGGAUCUGCAAUCGCCUCUGCGCGCCUGCUGUCGCCGGGCGUGAGCCCGCUGCUCUCCUGUACAUCGACAACUUCGCCUCGCUGGGGACCGUAAAGGAGACAGUCCAGCUCGACGGCGACUCGAUGGAGAGGCAGCUGAGGGGACGCGGUCUGACUACUCACGACAUUUCGGGGCCGCAAGUUGACGUGGACCUGCUCGGGCCCCACAUCGACGGGGCGAAGGGGGCGAUCCACAUCGCGCCCAAGCGGUACUGGAGGCUAGUCAUGAGUCUGGACUACAUCCUGAAGCACCCCCUCCUGACGGGAGCCGAGCUAGAGCGGCUGAUCGGGCACUUGACGUACGUGCUACUGCUACGACGCGAGGUGCUCAGCUUGCUCAGUGCGUCCUACGUCUUUGUCAGCAAGUGCCACGCCCGUCGCGUGCGGCUCUGGCCUUCGGUGCGCCGAGAGCUGACCUGGAUGCGAGCGCUGCUGCCGAUGGCGUGGGCGGACCUGCGCGGCGCCUGGGCCCCCAGCGCGAUGGCCGUGGACGCCUCAAUGACUGGCUUGGGCGCGGUGGAGCGCUCCGCGGACCCCCAUGACGUCGGGCGCAUCGGCCGAGUUAGAGAGCGCUGGAGGUUCAAGGAGCACGAGCUGGUGGCCGAAGGCUCGCGUGCACGCGCCUUGCGUGAAGGUGCCGUUGGCGACUCUCCGUUCCCCGACGUGCCGUCGGACUUCUGCAAGGCCGACUCGUGGGAGACCGUGGACUCGAGACGGUCGACGGCCUUGCCGUGGCACCGCCUCCUGGGCUCGAGCGCGUCAGGACUGGAGCUGGAGGCGGUGAGGCCCUCUACCCAGCAGAACUACCUGAAGUGCCUCAGUGGCCUCUGCAACUGGCUCGGAGUGGAGACGCUUCCCAGCUGGAGCGCGCUGGAGUGGGACGACGCACUGCUGCAGUACCUGAACGACGAGUUCGCGCAGGGAGUGCGCCCGAACAGGGCUGCGAAGCUGUUGUCGGCGGCGCUCUGGGCGCGACCGGCGCUGGGGCGGCCCCUGCGGGUGGCGCUGCCGAGGAGCAGCCGGGCGCUGCUGGGCUGGAAGCGCAAGCGGCCCGGCCACUCUCGGCCGCCGCUCCCAUGGCUGGUGCUCUGCGGCGUGCUGGAGAUCCUGCUGCUGAAGCGGGAGGUGGCGAUGGCGCGUGCUCUCUGCCUCAUGUUCCACUGCUACCUUCGGCCCGGGGAGCUCCUGGCGAUGAAAGCGUUUCAGCUGGCGCCGCCGGCUGCAGGGCUGCAGGGCGGGUUUCGCCGGUGGACGCUGCUGCUUCACCCAGAAGAGCUGUUGGUGCCCAGCAAGACUGGCGAGCUGGACGACUCGCUGCCGCUGGACGCGCCCGAGCUCCAGUGGCUUACGCCCGCGCUCAGGGAUCUGAAGGCGCGGCUGGAGCCCCGCGAGCCGCUGUGGAGUUUCGGUUACGCGCAGCUGCGCGAGGAGCUCGAGGGCGCGCCGGCGGUGCUGGGACUUCAAAGCCUCGGUGCCACGCUGCACUGCCUGCGGCGUGGAGGAGCAAGCCACAAUCGAAUCGUGGGAAGGAGGUCACUCGAGGAGGUGGCCAAGAGAGGCAGGUGGCGAGCUCGCCUGUCCGCACGAAGGUACGAGAAGCACGGCCGCCUGGCGCUGCAAGUGGCGAAGGUGCCGCCCGUGGUGCAGGAGCGGCCGCGACUCAGCAUGCAGAGGCUGCCGCAGCUGUUCGCCAACUGCUCAACGCGACGCUCCACAGAGUGCGCCUGGGGCGGGAUAGGGUCGCCGUCGAGGUCUUCGCUGGGUCAGGCCGCCUCGCCUCGGCGCUUCGCGCCAGAG